GCCCACUCUGAGUCUGAAUCACCCACAAAGGUAGUGGCUAAACCGAAGAUUUGCCCAGUGCAGUGCGGGCUGGCGAAGGCGUAUCGAUCUACCGGCCAUAGCCUUUUACACAGCAGACGCAACGAUAUCGCAUAGCCGAUCGUGACUGCACGGAAUUACCGUGGCUUGUCUCAAAUUAUUAAUUUUAUAGAGAAGAAAAAGAAGAAGAGCGCCGGGAAGGAUCAUAUCCAUCCAAGACCUGCACAAUGGCAACUUAUCGACUUCUUCUUGCGGUCUUCGUGGCCUUGGUCUGCUGUGACCAUUCGGUGCUGGGUGCACGAGUGCGCCUGGAAGCGGAUCAGCUGCUGGCAAAGCACCACCCAGAUUGGAGGGAGCUGGGUCUAGCAAAACCCGACGACGAUCACAAACUAGUCUUUGCUCUGCGUCAGAGCAACCUGAUCGAGCUGGAGGAAAAGUUGCUGGCAGUUUCAACUCCCGGUAGUCCACAGUACGGACAGUUCCUGAGUGCUGAUCAGGUCGAUGCUUUGGUACGACCUUCCAGGAAAUCUCUACAUGCUGUUGAGGGCUGGCUAACCAGGACAGAUGUUUCCGUCUCCCAGUCGUGCAAAUACACCAAGGCGCGCGAGUUUCUGGAGUGUGAUGUCACAGUUAGCCAAGCAUCGCAACUGCUUCAAGUGUCAUUCUAUCAAUACGAGAUGGAUGGUGCAAUAGCAUUGAGAGCUAACAAUCACUAUACAGUUCCUGCUGAGGUAGCAGAUCAUUUAGACUUUGUCGGUGGUGUGCAUCGCUUACCUCACAGGCAGCAGCGGCUCGCCAACUCAACACAGUAUGCGAUUGCCAAGGCUCAUGGUGUAAAUUUGCAGGCUGAGCCCUCUUCACUACGAGAACUUUACAAGGUGGGAAGUUCGGUUGGCGCUGGUGAGGAGAAUAAAAACAUCCAGUGCGUGGCCCAGUUCUUAGACCAACAUUAUCAUGCUACAGAUCUGGCUAAAUUCAUGGAGAAGUUUGGAACUGGCUUCACACAUAUGAGCAAGGUUGCCAAGGAGAUUGGACCCAACACUGGCCAUGCAGGAGUCGAGGCAUCGCUGGAUAUCGAGUAUAUCAUGGCGCUUGGUGCCAACAUUCCGACGUAUUUCUGGUCCACGGGAGGCAAACAUGAAGGACAGGAGCCAUUCCUAGUGUGGAUUGAAGCUGUUGCAAACUCCUCCACCAUCCCCAAUGUGAUCAGCGUCAGCUAUGGGGAUGAUGAGGAUACGCUCUCCGUCCCCUACAUGCAGCGUAUCAAUGUGGAAUUCCAGAAGCUCGGAGUCCGUGGCACGUCCAUCCUCUUCGCCAGCGGUGAUGACGGCGCCGGCUGUCACAAGCAGGUGUUCCGGCCAAACUUUCCAGCGACAAGUCCGUACGUCACGUCCGUCGGCGGGACACAGCUGUCCGGGGAAGCGGAAAUGGGUGUCUCCUUCUCCAGCGGUGGCUUCUCGAAUGUCUUUCAGCAGGUGAGUUACCAAGCUGCGGACAUCAAAGAGUUCUUUUCCAUAUCGACGCAUAUUCCAAGCGAGCGUUUCUUCAACAAGACCGGCCGCGGCUAUCCAGAUGUGUCUGCUUUGGCGGUGAACUUUGAGGUCAUCAUGGACUUGUUUCCAGUUCCUGCUUCGGGAACUUCGUGUGCCGCUCCGACGUUCUCGGGUAUCAUCUCACUGGUCAACGACAAACUAAUCAACGGGCAUAGCAAGACAGCUCUGGGCUUCCUCAACCCGUUCCUCUACGCGCACGGCUUUGCCGGAUUGACUGACAUAGAGCACGGCUGCAACGAGGGAUGCAGUGGCGAUGGCUUCUGCUCUGUCAAAGGCUGGGAUCCGGUAACAGGUCUUGGAACGCCGCUAUACCCCUCUCUACUGGAAGAAGCACUUAAAGCCAAAAAUGUCCAUUAGACCUUGUCCAUGCCCUACAGCACCCACCUCCAAGAAUUUUAUGAAAAUCAAGUUGCUCCCAAAGCGCAGGCGUUUUCUAGGAUAAUCACAUUACGUGACAAUGCUAUAUUUUCACUGGCAGAAGAUUAGUCCUUGUCCACGUCAUACCUGUAGUUGUAGUACAGCAGGCCGCAGGCCUUCUCUUGGGGAAGUCCCUUUUCUGUUCAGUAUAGUUUCUCUCAGAAUUACUGUGACAUGUAGUAGGUUAAGAAUGUGAAGAAGAGGUUGGUGCGACUUGGGCGAUGUACUAGGUUGUGCGUGAAAACAUCUUUGAAAAUUUAAAGAAAUCAAUGUUUGUCGUGGUGUCCUGAUGUAAUGGAGAUCAUUUCAUCUGUAGAAGUCACAGUGAGUCUCAGCUUC